AGGUGAGAGUUGAUUUCCUGUUUGCGCGUUCACUAAAUUCACAAGUAGUCUUGAUUAAGAUGAAAGAACGCCAAACAUCACCGAAAUUACAGAAUGUAGUGGUACGACUUUAGUGACGUGAAUGCGAGCACUACAUUUUUGCCUGGCUGUCAUUUUUUCGAGCUCUGUUUUUGCUGCUUUGCCAAGCCCUCAGAAUGUGAAAAUGGAUGCCAUCAACACUCGAUACAUUCUCCUGUGGGAAUGGAAUCAGUCGCAGCAUGACAAAGUCACUUUCACAGCAGAAUUCACCUUCUCUAACGAUGAAAGCGGCUACACCAGGAUAUGUACUGGCAUGACGCAAAAAUGGUGCAACUUCUCCUCCAAACUGGACUACUUUGCGAGUUAUGAACUAAGAGUCCGGGCUGAGGGUCAUGCGGGACUCAAGUCAAGCUGGGCCAUCAGGAAGGAAUUCUGUCCUGAAGAGGACGCAACCCUGGGUCCACCAACCCACGUGAGAGUGGAGCCAGGCAACGGCAUGGUAACUAUCAGCUUCAGGGAGCCAAUGACAGAGCAGGGAGCUCCCAUGAGCUUCAUUCUAAAGAACAUGGCAUUCAAACUGCAGUACUGGGACACACAGACCCCGAGCCAGAAAGUAACCAAGGUGAUUCAGGCGACUCAGCACACACUGAUUCUGCAGCCACGGAAACAGUUCUGUCUACAGGUCAGCGCCAUCAGCGAAGAAUAUGAAAAAGUCAGCCCUCACACACAAAUGCAGUGUGUGACCACUACGGGAGACCUUACAGUGUGGCUCAUCUUGCUAGCUGUGGUUGGUCCAGCUCUGUCGAUAGGACUCGUCUACAUUUACCGCAGAAAGAAAAGAAGGGUUCCAUCUCAUUCUAUAAAACCCAGCAGCAUAUUGGGUCUUCCAAAAUCCCUCACACCCUUGUCCGUGGAUUCCAGCGAGGAGAGCUGUGCGGUGAUGACUGUGGUUACAAACGGUUGGCCGCAGGACAGAGGUCAUUGAGAAAUCUAGGAUGUACAGGGGAGGACAGUGGCAGAAACAGCGACUGGAUCUAACCGAGAGUAACGCCAGUGGUCGUCAUGGCAACACAAAUAGUUAUCUUUGGGUGACGUUCUUCGAUUUUGAAAAACUAUAAGGCCUGUUGGCUUGAAAUGCUACAUGCAUUGUGAAAUGGUUUUCGGUCUGUUCAUUUGUUGUAAGUUCCACUGUAUUGGCAGUAUUUAAUGCCUUUUAAUCACAUUUUUAUGUAACGGUGUGAAAACCGUGAACCUCACUCCUCAGGUAUGUAGCAGGCCACCCGCGUCAACAAAGAGCUAGUUUUUCGUUGGCGUAGUUGGUAGUGUUCGUGCUUGGCAAGUCAAAGGUCGAGUGUUCGAAUCCCGCGAAUGGCGAUGGAUACCUUGUUGUGACGGAGCGUGGCCACGUCUGUUACAUACCGUCACAUUUACAUCGAGUGUGAUUGUUUUUUUACUUUAAUAAAGCCUAAUUCAUUUUCUUGAUUUCAA